GUCCAUCUCCAUGACUCUGACGAAAAACUCAUCAAGGAAAGUGCUUUGACGUUUCCAUACCAUCAAAAUUGAGAGGGGAAUGAAAUAGAAUUCCCAGUCAGAGGGGAACAUCAAAGAGGAGAGGGGGUUCCGGGACCUGAACCCAUUCCCCUCUUAGGAGAUCACAAACAGACAAGGAAAUGCUCUGAAAUUGCGAGUGAGGCCACCCUUGGAAAGGCCGGGAGAGAUAGACAAAUAGUUGGAGCAGAUUCACCCUUUGCGAGAUUAAGCGAACGCGCAACAAAUCCCUACGACCUAAUUGAGUUUUGAAUGUAGCGCUGCUUGAAAGUGUCGCUGGAGAUCAUAGCUGUCACGGUAGCUGACUACCGACUGGGCAGUAAGGCCUACCGUUCGUCCGGUACCUAGAUCGAGCGUCGACGAAGGCCGUGCCACCGCUGCCUGAUCGUUUGUUCCUCACCGCCGGAGCCUAGAAUGAUUCCGAUUCCGUCAAUGGCUUCUUCGAUCUCUCCGCCGCUGAUUAUCUUCACCGUCCUUGUCUCCGCUGCAUGCGCCGCCGCCGCCGCCGGAAACCUAGCCGAGAUCCAGGCGCUCAGCGAUUUCAAGCUCGGUCUUCACGACCCGCUUGAAUCUCUCUCCGAUUGGGACUCCUCUUCUCCGGCGGCUCCCUGCGACUGGAGCGGCGUUUAUUGCGUCAAUGGCCGCGUCAGUAAACUGGUCCUCUCUCGGCAAGGGCUCAGCGGCCCGCUCACGCCCCGAAUUUCUGAGCUCCGGUUGCUCCGGAAGCUGAGUCUCAGUUCGAACUCCUUCAAUGGCAGCAUUCCUUCCUCCAUUUUGGAAUGUUCGCUCUUACAUUCUGUUUUUCUCCAGGACAACUCGUUCUCCGGCGUCCUGCCGCCGGGAAUUUCGAAGCUCGCUGGUCUGAAGAUUUUCCAUGUCGCCGGAAACAAGCUCUCCGGCGGAAUUCCGGCGGAUUUACCACCGAGUCUCACCUACUUCGAUCUCUCCUCGAACUCCCUCACUGGAGAGAUAACCAGGAACAUUUCGAAUCUCUCUCAGCUCCGGUUCCUUAACAUCUCCGGGAAUCUGAUUUCAGGCGAGAUUCCGGCAGGUUUAGGAGAGCUCCAACAGCUUCAGUACCUAUGGCUUUCAAACAACAAUUUGCAAGGGACUCUGCCCUCUGCAAUUGCCAAUUGCUCGUCACUGGUCCAGCUGAAUGCCGAAGGGAAUGAAAUCAGCGGCGUCAUUCCAGCCGCCAUUGGCGCGCUUCCUACUCUUCAGGUGAUAUCUCUAACACACAAUAAUCUCUCUGGCUCAAUACCCUCUUCAUUGUUCUGCACUGCAUCGGUUCAUCCUCCAUCUAUUCGGGUUGUUCAGCUAGGGUUUAACUCAUUCACGGAUAUUGUACCACCCGAAUCAUCUCAAUGUUUCUCUACUUUACAAAUUCUGGAGAUUCAGCAUAAUGGCAUCCAUGGCAAUUUCCCCUUGUUCUUGACAAGCAGUUCUGCAUUAACUUCCAUAGAUGUUUCUGGGAACUCGCUCUCGGGUACUAUCCCUCGUUUUAUUGGGAAUUUAUCAUUACUGGAGGAAUUAAGAAUGGCUAACAAUUCAUUUGAUGGCGUUGUACCUGUUGAGAUCACAAAAUGUGUUGGUAUGAAGAUUCUUGAUCUGGGAGGAAAUCACUUGUCUGGGAUCAUUCCUGCAUUCCUAGGGCAGCUUAGAAACUUGACAAGCUUGUCUCUCGGUAGGAAUCAGUUCUCUGGCUUCAUUCCUUCGAGUUUCGGGGAUCUGGUUCAUCUUGCGAAUCUGGACUUGGGAGGCAAUGCUCUUUCCGGGAGAUUACCGGAGGAAUUGAUGGGAUUGAUCAAUUUGAGCAGACUGGACCUCAGCUCAAACCACUUUUCUGGUAGUAUUCCUGUGAGCUUUGGAAACCUACAAGAGCUUUCUGCUCUGAACUUGAGUGGCAGUGGGUUUUCAGGGAGAGUUCCAACAAGCAUUGGCACUCUCUACAAGUUACAAGUUCUUGAUCUGAGCAGACAAAGUUUGUCCGGGGAAUUGCCCUUUGAUCUCUAUGGUUUGCCUAGCUUGCAAGUGAUUGCAUUGCAAGAGAACAGGUUGUCUGGUGAAGUUCCUGAGGGUUUCAGUAGCUUAUCAGGUCUGCAGUAUUUGAACCUCUCCACUAAUUCAUUCUUUGGUCACAUUCCCUCCACUUUUGGUUUCUUGAAGUCACUACUUGUUCUCUCCUUGUCUCACAAUAAAGUGUCUGGUUUCAUCCCCCUUGAGCUGGGCAACUGUUCUGCUCUUGAAGUUCUCGACCUGCGUUCCAAUUCACUGAGCGGUCAAAUCCCCAAAGAUCUUUCUCGUCUCUCCCGUUUGAGGGCCCUUGAUUUGAGCCAGAACAACCUAACCGGUGAAAUCCCGACAGAGAUAUCGAAUUGUUCAUCCCUAACUUCACUAGUUCUCGCCUCAAACCAUCUUUCGGGUCACAUACCCGAGUCACUCUCCCACCCGCCAAACUUAUUGACCCUGGAUCUCUCAAACAACAACCUGGAUGGAGAGAUUCCUCCGGUUUUGGGAUCCCGUUUCCCCAACCCGUCCGAUUACAAGGGAAACCGAGCUUUGUGCGGGAAACCAUUGAGUAGUGAAUGCAAAAGGUCUGGUGGUGGCAAAGGGAACAAUAGGCUGGUCAUGUUAAUAGCAAUAGGUGCAAGUGGAGCUCUUCUCCUAGCAUCAUGUUGUUGCUUCUACUCCUACGCCCUGAUUAGGUGGCGUCACAGAUAUCAGGACAAUGUAAAGAGAGCUACGGGUGUCGAGAAGCCCGGUCCAGCCCGUGUUAGUUGUGCUCGCAUGAGCAGCGAGAGCGGUGGUGGGCCCAAGCUCGUGAUGUUCAACAACCGGAUCACGUUGGCCGAGACGGUGGAGGCGACGGGACAGUUUGACGAGGAUCACGUGCUGAGCCGGACGAGGUGGGGCGUGGUUUUCAAGGCGUGCUACGAUGACGGGACGGUUCUCUCGGUUCGAAGGCUCGUUCCGGACGCGUCGAGGCCCGACGAGAACGCUUUCCGGAAGGAGGCGGAGAUGCUCGGGAAGGUGAAGCACCGGAACCUCACCGUCCUCCGCGGGUACUACGCGGGCCCACCCGACGACCUCCGUCUCCUCGUCUAUGACUACAUGCCGAAUGGGAACCUCGCGACGCUCCUCCAAGAGGCGUCCCACCAAGACGGCCACGUCCUCAAUUGGCCGAUGCGCCACCUCAUCGCGCUCGGGAUCGCCCGCGGCCUCGCAUUCCUUCACGCCACGUCAUCCAUCGUCCACGGGGACGUCAAGCCGCAAACCGUGUUGUUCGACGCGGACUUCGAAGCCCACCUCUCGGAUUUCGGCCUCGACAAGCUCGCGGUCCCCACCACCUCGCCUCCGUUUCAGCAGCAGGCAUCAAACUCGGCCCCGGUCACCGGGACCCUCGGGUACGUAUCGCCCGAGGCCGCGCUGACGGGGGAGGUCACGAGAGAGUCCGACGUGUACAGCUUCGGGAUCGUGUUGCUCGAGCUUCUCACGGGGAAAAGGCCGGCGAUGUUCAUGGAGAACGAAGACAUCGUGGAAUGGGUGAAGAGGCAGUUGCAGAGGGGGCAAAUAGCGGAACUACUCGAACCGGGUUUGUUGGAGCUGGACCCGGAGUCUUCGGAAUGGGAGGAAUUCUUGCUGGGGAUAAAAGUGGGAUUGCUUUGUACGGCGCCGGACCCGCAUAACCGGCCCACCAUGACGGACAUCGUCUUCAUGCUCGAAGGUUGCCGGGUCGAACCGGACAUUCCUUCCCCGGCCGAUCCCACAAGUCAACCUUCUCCGACAGCCUGAAUGGCCUACAAAAUUUGUAACUGAAAAAAAAAGGGAAAAAAAUUUGAAUUGCAGCAGGAGCUCUCUUUUU